UAUUUUAAAUAUAAAAAUAAUAGUAAAACGUUUACAAAUUCAGAAGCGGGAUAACUCUUCACGCUCAAAAUAGGUAGAAAGUUUUUUUUGUGUUAGUAUGUAACAAAUUAUGUCCGAUUUUUUUUUAAAUAUGUUGCAGCAAGAAUAAUGAAUGACCCAAUGGAACAAAUUCGUCAGUCAAGAUCUCCAGUGUUAAACAUUGCCAAGCGACAUCGAAGCAAGGAGGCCUGUGGCAGAGUUGUUUGCACGCCGCCGCGUCGUAGUCGACAAGCAAGAGAAAUCGAACCUCGAAGUCGAAGUCGCAGUUGUAGCCGGGGCCGUUGUAGCGGUCAUAGAACGCGUAAUGUCAGCAGGGAGCGGCAUCGUACUUCGAGACCAGCAACACGAAAUCGAUCUCGCACUCGUGGAGGGUACAUGGAUACAGCUGAUAUACACAGUGAGUUAAUUUCGAAAUUUACUGAUAUUAUUCAGAGUAUAAAUGGCAGUCACAGUAAAGAGCACUUUGCGAAUUCAAAUGUUGUCCCAGAGUUCGAUCCCUCUCAAAAAAAUCAGACAAUAAGUAAUUGGUUAACUAAGGUUAAUGAGUGUGCUAUUUUGUAUGGAUGGAGUGAUAGACAGAUUAUACAUUAUGCGUUACCUAAGCUAAGUGGUGUAGCAAAAAAAUGGUAUGAAGGUUUACCUACAGUUUUGUUUACUUGGGCAGAGUGGCAAACGAAACUCUUAAAUGCAUUUCCAUCAGAUGAAAAUUAUGGUCAAAUGUUAUCGGAUAUGUUAGAAAAGAAAGCUAAAUUUGGAGACUCUUUAGAGGAUUACUUUUACGAUAAAGUAGCGUUAAUAAAUCGUUGUGAUAUUAAAGGGAAAAGAGCUGUAGAAUGUGUGUUGCACGGGAUAGAGGAUAGGUCGAUUCGUUUAGGUGCAGAGGCGGCACAAUUUGAUAAUCCAGAUAAAUUGUUAGCUUAUUUACGAAAUGUAUCAACUAGAAAAUUUGACAAAAGUGUGAAAAAAGAUAGCAAAGAUAUUAAAACAAAUACUUAUAGCAAUAAAACUUCAAUUAAGUGUUAUAAUUGUAAAGAAGAAGGCCAUCCAGCCUCUAAAUGUCAAAAACCCUUAAAAAAAUGCAUAAAAUGUUCAAUGUUAGGACACUUGGAUAGUGAAUGCUUUAGUAAUAAAAAAAAUGAGCAAAAAAGAAAAGUUCUUUUGAUAAACAAAGAUUUUCGAAGUAAUGAAUUAGAUAAAUAUGUACAAGAUAUAUAUAUAAAUAGCAUUAGAAAAGUCGGAUUUAUUGACUUAGGGAGUGAUUUAACAUUAAUACGUGAAUCGGACGCAAAAGAAAUUUUUAAACAAUGGGAUAGCACUGAUAAUAGGCCUAUGGUAGGAUUCGGUGGCACGGUUAUCCACUCGUUGGGAUCGGGUAUAGCUAAUGUUAGUAUUCAGGGCGUUAAUGCUAAGUUACACCCGUAG